AAAGUGGAUUGUGCGUCAGCACCAAAAACCGCUGCAUGGUCCAGAUUCGAACCAAUGCCUUCGGGAUGACAGUCCCUUGUCGGGUUCGAGACUUGAUAACGAUCAAGACUGGCACGACCCCGACGUGUGGCGAAGAGCACCAGGGGCGACACGGUACUUCCUCUCCAAGGAGUGUCGACGAGGAUAAGAAUGCUAGAAGUAUCCUCAAAGAUAUGUCCUUCUGCUCCUCUUCCUACAACAAGACGAAUCUGAUGACCAGGAACUGCGGUUCGUUCAAUAUCAUGGACAUGCUUGGUUCCAGUCCGAGCAGUAGCAUAUCAAAGAAUACCGAUGAAUUACGUGUGCAAGGCUCAGCAUCUUCAACAAAGGAAGUGGCUGAGCAAAGGCGGGGGAACCAUCAGAACUCUCGUAAAAAGGACAAGCAUUGUAAUUGUUCACCUAUGUUGCACUUCUGGGUGUCUUCCGCCAUGGAAAGAUUUGCCAAAAACAGGGCCAGAACGGAGAAGUUUUUCGAAACGCUGAGAACGAAUGAGAAGGACGGUCUGUGUCUCGAAAACAGACAGCAGCAAGCGCAUUGUUCGGGACAAGCAGGCUCACGAAGAGCAGCUCCUUCGCCAGGACAGCAAACACUUGGAGAUGGUAAGACUCAGCUUGUCCCACAUUUAUCUGAUGUUGCGAGGGAACAAACUUUUUUUGGAGAGCAUUCGCAAUUCGAUUUGUCCUGUGGCGCCUUAAUUUGCCAGAAAUCUGAAGCCAAGGCCUUGAAGGAUCAGGUUCAAGGAUUGGGCUUUUUCGACAAAAUAUUUGGCGUGAAAAAAGUGUGGAUCGCUGCAGAGGGUAUAGAAAGGAUGCUUGUUGGCCUGAAUGCACAGGGAGUGGAGAAAGCCCUCGCCUCAUCUUCUGAAGACGCGAAUGAGCGAGGCACCUUCUACAUUAACAAGGAUACAAAAGUUGUGGUUGUCGAUGCAAAAGCGAGACGCGAAAUGCUAGCGACUUGCUUGAAGACAUUAGGGAGUCCGGCCAGGGACGUCGAGGUCCAUAGAGGCGAUUCCGCCACGCCCCAAACAGGAGGAAAAAUCACAACUUCAAGACACAUGGACCGACUGAGGAAAGUGCAUGCUUUCACGUGGGAUAAGGCGAAUUUUCGACAUGAACUGGAUGAGAAAAGUCCUCAAUUUUCCGUGUUUUCUUACUUGAAGUAUCUUCUAGCACGCCAGGCCCAGGCCGAUGCGGGUGCCAGGGAAGCUGGGGUGGGAGAACAGGAACCACGCCGUAUAAAUAGUUUAUCCGCCUUUCUGACUAGUGUGCGAAACAAUUGGGUCGAGAAAGAAAAUAUUCCCGAUGAUUUUCUUCCAAAUUUUCUCUGUGGCCAAGAACUAGGUGGUUGCCCAUGGUUCGAAGAUUUGCGGUCAGAAGAAGAACGAGAAAAGAAUCCAGUGCACUACCAAGUUCAAGGCAGGUUUGCCUUCGUCGGAAAUCUCAGUGAGGAGUUUUUAGCUAGGGUGAAAGGCGGUAAAACAUUUUGGCUUGCCGUGUGGGCGUUCUUGGUCCGCAGGCAUCCAGAAGUGGAGGUUAUUGGCAUACUAGGCGAGAUCAAGAACGACGACUUUCGAAGUCCAAACGGAAUUCAGCUCUUUCUUUCUCUUGAAGAGCAGGAAAGUACCGACAAUGUUCAUCCGGCCUUCAAGAUAAACUUUAACCCGAGCACUUCUAUUGCCACUUUUUCUAGUUCAACCUCGUCACCACGACAUGGAGGUCUUUGCGCUUCCCCAGGUGAUAAGGAUUUCUUCUGGAAUAAGGUAGCCGAAAACGGGGUCUUGUACACCUGGCACGUGCUGAAAACCAUGUUCUGCAAAGGCAAUAUUUCGGAAAAGCUUCGGGUCCGGAGUGAUGAUCCGCAAACCGGGUACAAGAUUGAAAAAGACGAGACUGUGGUGGACUUAUUCGCGGGGAUCGGGUACUGGACUCUACCUAUUCUGAAACAAAUGGGAAAGGAAGGGAAAGUUUACGCCUGCGAAUGGAAUCCGGAAUCGAUUGAGGGCUUGAGGAGAGGUUAUUUUCUGAAUUUCCCUACGUCGAACAAAGGGAAACUAGAAAUGGACUUGGAGCAACAACAUGACCAUGAACACGGGCAGCAGCAAGUAAAGCUAGAGCCUAACUCUUCGAUCAUAUCGAGGUUAGAGAUAUUGGAAGGUGAUUGCCGUUUGGUGGCGCCGAAAAAAGUUGCUGAUAGAGUGAUUCUAGGCUUGCUCCCGUGCACAAAAGACUUCCGGAGAACAGCGGCGGAGGCGCUCAAUUGGGACAAGAAGGAGAAUGUGAAGAGAUUACACAUCCACCAGAACCUGACAGCGGCGGAGUUGUCCUCUUAUUCGGAGAGAGUCUGCAGUGAUUUGUUAGAACUACAAAACGAAAUUCGCAACCGGGAUUACAAAGGGGAUCCGAGUUAUUGCAACUUUGAUGUCAAAGUCACCCAUAUAGCAAAGGUGAAAUCCUACGCGCCAAAGGUCAACCAUUACGUCUUCGAUGUGAUUUUUGCUCCGAAAAAGAAGCUUUCGUCGAGUUAGUAGAUGACACGACAGCAGCAGGUGCAAAUAUACUGUGCACACGAACAUGAUACUCAAUACUUUGUAGGCCAAAUUUGAAUUUUAUCCUGUAUAUGUAGUUCCCGUUCCCCUUUCAGAAGACCCUUUCGCCAAUUCCCAUGAAUUUUUUCCACACAUGCGCAUCAUCGACCUCCAGUCGAGAGGGGCUCGACCACUAAACUGGAUUAUGCUCUAUCUGGCCUAAU